AUGGAGAAAGCACAUUCGAUGGAACAAGAAGAAGAGCAAAAUAUUGCAAGUACUGUUACUUCCGAAGAACAGGAAAUUGCAGUUUAUGAGGAUGUAGUGGAUGUGGAAAUUAUAGACUUAGAUGAUGAUACUGUUGAAGACGAAGAGAAUGAAGGAAACAAGAAACUUUAUCAAACAGGAUUAUUAUUAUCAUCGUUAGAAGAUGUAAUUACAAUUGACCAGGAAUUAGAAGAGAAACAAAAAUUAUUUCAAUUGAAUUAUAAAAAAAUAACCAAAGAAAUUUCAAUUAUGAAAGAAACUGGAGUGAAAAAAGUAUUUAUAGAACCUAUUGAAAAUUUAGUUAAUUGGAUAGAUUCUCAAUUUAAUAGAAAUUUGUUUAAUCAACAACUAUUAAAACCAAUCAUUGAUAUUAAUAAUAUUGAUUUAGUAAAUUUAUCAAAUUUAAAAACAAAAGAGUUAAAUUGGACUUCUAAUUUGAUACAAAAAACACAAGGUAUUAACAUUGAAAUUAAAAAAAUCGAAGCAAUGUUAGAAGAUGUUGAAGAAUCAAGAAAGAAAUCCCAUAAUGAAUCUUCGACCGCUGUAAUAAGAAAUAAUAUAAUUAAUAGUGAUGUAUUAACAUCUUCACCAAACUCAAACGAAUGGUACACAAAAAUAGUAGCUGCUGAUGAAUUAUUUAAAUAUGAAGUAAAUGAUAAAGUUAAACAUUUAAUCAAUUUCUAUCAGCAUGAGAAAUUCAGAGCUCCAAAAGAUUUAGUCAAUCAACUAAUAGAAAUAGUGAAUAAUGUCAUCCCUUUACUGGGUGAUAAAAUUUCUUUCAUUCGUCAAACUUUAUCCCAUGAUAGACAUAUAGGAAGAUGGUUUGAUGGUUCGAAUGAAUCAGACAAAUGGAUCUCUGAUACAUACAACAGGAUCAAACAAAUAGAAGUACCUGACCUAAUAAAUAAGUAUGAUUGGUCUGAUGAAAAACAAAAUAUUGAAAAUCUAAUUGAAGAACGUCAUCAAACAAUUAAUAUAAUAAAACAAGAUACUUUAAAAUUUGAAGAUGAACGCAUAAGAGAUUUGGAACAUCUACUAGCAAUAGAAUUAAUGGAAAAGCAAUUAAAAAAUAUAAAAGACAAUUUAUCAAAAUUAAAGGAGUUCAUUGAUAAUCUAUUAUCGCAAACUACUGUUGAAAACUUUUUAAUAAUAAUUGAAACUUUAGAAAAUUUGCAAAUUUUGCGAAAUGAAAUAACUCAAAUUCGUAAAUUAAUCAUUGAACAUAAUGAUGCCGAUAUGGUAAAAGAUGAUGUUAUAAAAGUUGAAGAAAGUAUAAAAAAUUUCGAAAAACAAUUGCCUCAUGCAGCAGAAAACAAUUUAGAUACCUCUACUUCUUCUUCGUUUAGUAAUGAUGAUAAUAACGAUUCAUCAACCAUGGCUUUAAAACAUAAACAUAAUAAAUUAUUAUUAACUAUACAAAAUAUCAAAGUUGCAUUAGCUGAAAACAAAUUACAAAUGGCCGGCUACUUGUCACCAUCAUCUCCUUCCUCUCCUACUUCUGCCAAAUUGAGUGAACGUUAUGGCAAUGUCGAAUCCGAAUUGACCUUAUUUGAGAGAAGUUUAUGGGUUGAGUUCUGGUUGAAGUCUGAACCUGCUAAACGGUUACGUGGUGAAGAAGUAACCAAACAAAUUAAUGAGAUGGAGAAAAAAUUUGCUGAUAUUAAGGAUUUGAUGAUUUUGCGUCAAAAAGAUUUGCGAAUAAUUAAAGAAGGUAGAGAAUUUGCAAAAGGUGCUAAAGCGAUCAGGGAUCAACUUGAUAUCGUAAAAGGUAAAAUGAGACGUCAGGAUACAAAAACUGAUGAUGCAUCAAUACAGGAAUUAGAUGAUCAUAUGACUGAAACCUUGGAAAUGUUAAAGAAUCUUGAAUCAACUUAUCAACAUUUGAUAGCUCCUGAUAUAGAGGACAAAAGUUAUCGAGAAGCAUUUGAUGAGCAACAAAAUCAAUAUAAUUUGGUGCAAGCUUGGAUUGAAGAAGUAAAAGUUUGGUUUAAAGAGGCUGAACGUAUGUGUGUAUGGAUAAAUGAGCAUAUUGUCAUAUUGAAAAAAUUUCCUCAAUUUGACGUUUUUCAAGAAGAUAAAGUGCCUGCUACUCAAGAACAAGUUGAUGAAUGGCAAGAUGAUUGUGAAAAUUUGGAAUUGGAAACCGAGAAAUUUGAAGCUGAAGAUAUGACUAGGUUAAAAGCUCAUGUCAAGUCCAUCAUGGGUGCUAACAUCUCCUUCAAUUCUAACAAUAAUCCCAAUAGCAGCGAUGGUAGUAAUUCCGAUACUAAUACUAAUUCUCAGGUUAAUGAAGCAAUGUCACCUGCUGAUACAAUGACAAUUGCUAUCACUCUGCAAACAAUUCAUCAACUUGACAUUUUGUCAGCUUUGACUAAACGAAGAUCAAAUGAAUUGGAUGUGCUAGCUCUUAGAGUAGAAUGGGAACGUGAGGUUGCCAAAGCUUUAAAUAUUUGGAAUGAAUUGACUAAUGAUAUCAAAGAAUUUAUUUUAAAUAAAGGCAGAUGGAAACAACCAACGGGUAUAAGAGAUGAUGAUGGGUGGUUCAUUAAUGCUAAUCAACCAAAUCAGAAGGAUGUGUUAAUUGAGUUAGAAUCAAUAAAUAAACGUAUAAUGAAUUUUGAAAAUGACAAUAUCCCUGAAACUGGCCAAAUAUUAGAUGAAUUGAUAGAUGCUUCAUUGGUGGAAGUGCCUGAACAUAUACAUAUAAGACAAGAGAACCUUGAGGAAGGUGACCUGAUAUUUUUAAAAGAUUAUCUUGAUUUCUCUAAAAACAUUUUAAAGCAACGCCAAAAAGUUUUAGAAUAUGCUCAAGCUGGUGAAACUGUUUAUAUCAAUGGAUCGAAAUUAAAAAAUGAAUUAAUAGAAGAAGUAAAAAAUCCAAGAGGUGGCUCUGUAGAAAAGAAAUUUAUAGCAAGGGUUGAAGAACUUAAUAAACAUGUUGAACAGAGUUGGAGUAAUAUUGGAGAAAAAAUCAUCUACCCGAACCACUCAAAUCAUGAUCAAAAUGAAAAUAAUUUGGUCAAGGAAGGUGUUGAUGCUUAUCAUUGUAAAUUGGAAGAUUUGAAGCGUGAAGCCAAUAAUGCAUUGAAAGAUUAUCAAGAUGCUCUUAGAUUACUUGAGAAGGAAUUACUGCAAAGAUCAGAUGACUUAUUCAAUGAUACUUCCAACCUACAAGAUUGGGUUGAUAAAAGAUUGUCAAUACUUGAGGAAAAUAAGGUUGAUCCUUUAGCAACUGAAUGUUUACAUACAGAGGAACAAGUUAAAGAUCUGUUGAAAGAACAUGAAGAAUUUUUAGCUGAGAAUUCUAAAGUUAAUUUGGAGGACAUUAAUCGAAUCAAGGAAGGUAUUGAGAAAUUGGUAGAAGAUAUCAAGUCAUCAAAAUGUGAUGAUGUUGUUGAUCAGAAACGUUUACAUGAUGCUUUUAAAAAGUUAACCAAGAAGUUUGCUGAACUACAAUCAAAAUCAUCAGCAAGACAGUUAGACUUAUCAGUAUUACAACCACGUGCUAAUUGGGAGGAUCAAUAUGUUCCUGGAAUGCAAUCAUUGAAUGAUUUAAUUGAUGAAGUUAACAAAUUCAUUGCAGAAAAGGCUAGAUGGAAACCUGUUGAUGUUACUAGUAGUACUGCUGAAACAAUCAAUGAUUCAAAACAAGCAACAGAAAGUUUGUUGACCGAGACAGAAAAGAGGGAUGGCGAUUAUGAUAAUGAAAGUGUGGAAGAAAAAAUGGGUGAUAAUAAAGCUGCUUCAAUUGUUCCUGAUACUGCUAUUCCAAUUUUGACUGCAACUACAACUGUAAUUGAUCAUGAUAAUGAACAUAAUGAAAUAGUAAAAGAACCAAAUUUAGAUUUAAAUCAAAAAUCGGACAGCUCUACACAAAACAUUGAUGAUGAUCAAGAGGCAUUUUCAACUGAAAAGGACACAACAACUUUAGAUGAAAAAGAUAUAGACCCGGAUGAAAAAGAUGCAGGUUUAAAUGAAAAGGAGCCAAUUCCAGAAGAACCAAAAUUAGACCCGAAAGAAGAGUUUGAAAUCUUUACUGGAAAAGUUAAAGAAUUCCAAGAAAAUGUCUUGGAACCAUUGAAAUCAUCAAAUAAAGACAUGGUUUCAACAAUCAAAAACCUACUAUCAAAAAAAUGUCCAAAACAUUUAUCAGAUCGUCAAUCAGAUUUUGAAAAGAAAUUUGAUUAUUUGAUGGAUAGAGUGGAGCUAGGCAAGAAUGUUUUGGAACAAUGUGAUGCAAUCAAUGAUUUCUUGAAUCAAGCCAAAGAUAUUAUUGAUUGGGUGAAUCCACAUUUGGAAUUCCUUGGUAAAAUAUUGAAAGAUGAUACUUUGGGUGAACUUAAUGAAGAUAAAUUACAUGAUUUAUUGGAAGAAGUCAAUAAAGUUGAGUCAGGAAAACAAGCUUAUACUGAUGUCUAUGAACUAGCUAAGAACUUGGCAAGUAAUUUAAUUGAUCAAAUGAAGAAAGAUAUUGCUGCUAACAACAAAAAUAAUAAUAAUGACGGGGAUAUUGAUAUUGGGCUUGAAGCAGUACAACUUAAAAAAGCGGAAAUUGAUGAUUUAUGGCAAGAAUUACAAGAAGCUAUACCAAAAACCAAACAACAAUUGGAUCAAGCAUUGCAAAUAGUCGAUUUCAAAGAGAAAAUCAAAGAAACAAUCUCCAAGGUUGAAAACUUAUCUGACAUAAUAUCAUCUUCAUUGGUGGAUCAAGUGACAAAAGACAAUAUCAAUGAUUGGCAGACUGAAUUGAAUGAUUUAGAACAGACAGAACUAUCCUCAUUGGUUAAACUUCAUGACAAUAUUCAAGAGAGUCUUUCAACAAAUGAUGGUGCAAUGAACAAGAAGGAGCGUGCUAUCCUUGAGAAUUUAUUAAAAAGUGUUGAAGAUAAGAUCAAUGAUCUAAAGAAACUGAUGGAUGAUAAGAUCGAUGAGGUUGAAGCACACAGAUCAGCAGAAAUCACUGGUGCAUAUUUGACUAGAGUUAAUGAUUUGCAAAGUUGGAUUAAGGGGCAAUUUGAGGAUUUUCUUAGUGGUAAAUCACAACAUGGUAUAAUGGUGGAGACAUCUGAGCAAACAAAUAAAGAAAAUCUCGAAAAUUUGUCUAUAAUAUUUAAUAAUUUCCAAAAACAAUUUCCAGAAAAAUUUGAACUAUUCAAUAGCAUAACAGAAGAGUAUAAUAAUAUCAAGUCACAAGAAGGUAUACGUGAAUUACAAGAUGUGAUUAAGUCACAAACUGAAUUGAAUGAAUUAUGGGAAAAUUUGGAUUUAGGCUCUAAUGAAUUUAAAGAUUUCAUCAAUAAAGUUGGCAAAUGGUAUGAUCAGCAUAAUAUUAUAUAUCGUGUAGAAGAUGACAUUUUUGAUGGACUCGAGGAUCAUAUCAAUAAAUUGGGUAAUGUGAGUUUUGACAAUUUGGAAUUUGAAGCUAAAGAAUUAGAUGAUAAAAUACAAAAGGCUAAAGAAAUGCUUGAAGAAGCCAAAUCUGGCGCUAGUCAGAUAGUUGAUAUUGACAAUGAUAUUUUAGACAUUACAAACCGUCAAAACUUUAAUAAACAUCAUUCAGAUGCCACUGCUCGACUUACUAAGUUGUCAAAUCUCUUCCAGAAAGCAUUAGCAGAAGCCCGUAAUGCUUCAUUGUUGGCAGAAUUCAGUGCUGAUGCUGACAAAAUCAUCAGUUCAUGUUUGGAGGGCACUUCGAUAGUUGAAUCAAGACGUGAUGAGUUCAACAAUAGUGAAUAUUAUUCAUUAGAAGCUGAAGCAUUAGAAAAUUUGAUUAAUAAUGCCAUGAUUGGACUUUUAAAGAGUGAGGAACAAUUUAAAAAAUGUGAAGAACUAAAUUUUGGCUUGAAAACUGAUGCCGAUAAAUUGAUUGAAAUGAAUCCUGAAGCAAAUAAAGAUUAUGUACAGAAUAUUUUAAAUAAAGUUACACAAGCGCUUGAAGGCUUCUCAAAUAGCAUUUUGGCUGAAAAACAGGGAAUUGAUAUGGCAAGAAAAAUCUAUCCGCAUACCAAGGCAUCAGAAGAUAUCAAGGAAUGGAUUUCAGCUUGUAAGACGGCUGCAUUAAAUAUCCAAGUUGGCGCUAUAGAUCAAGAAGCUGAAGUCGAAGAAUUGGAAGAAAAUGCAAUGAAUUUCCAAUCUACUAUUGAUACUUAUAAAGAUAUGAGUCAACAUAUUCUUUUGCCAACUAUUAUCAAUGAUACCAAUGCCGUUAAUGAUAAUUACAAUCAAGCUUACCCGAUUGUCACUUCAGAAGACCUUCAUGAGCAUGACGAUAGUAACACUGAUAAAGGCAAUCUGAAUGCUUACGAUAAUAAUGAGGAUAGCAGUGCCGUGGAAGUUAAUAAUUACAACCAAGUUUACUCAGAAGAUCUUCGUGAGCAUGACGAUAGUAACAUUAAUAAAGGAAAUCUGAAUGCUUAUGAUAAUAAUGAGGAUAGCAGUGGUGAUGUGUUAAAUGAAGAAGGAAAACAACAGCAGCAGCAACAACAAGCCGUGGAAGUUAAUAAUUACAAUCAAGUUUACUCAGAAGAUCUUCGUGAGCAUGAUGAUAGUGGUAUUGAUAAAGGCAAUCUGAAUGCUUAUAAUAAUGAUGAGGAUGUAGAACCUAAAAUUAAAGGUGUUGUAGAGGCUAGAACAAAAAGACUUUUAGAAGAUUGGGAUGAAUUAACAGAUUUAUUGGGAAAUUUAAGGUCAAGAUUGAAUGCAUCCAAAGAAGCACAAGAAGUUUUAAAAGCCAUCAAAGAUAUCUCAGUAUUAAUUGGUCAAGAAAAAGGACGAGUUUUAGACAUUGAAUCUUUCUUUAUUGGUGAGGGAGUACCAAGACUACCAACAAAAGACGAUGUCCAAACCAAUCUAAGAGAACUUGAUGAGAUACAAGCUGAAAUUGAUCAUAUGCUUGUACCAAAAAUUGAAGCAUUAGAUGAAUUGCUUAGUAAUUUAUCAGAGAAUGAGCCUAGUUUUACUAAACGGCGUUUAAGUAUAGCAGAAGCAUUUGCAAAUCUGGAAGAAAUGAUAGAUAACAAACGAUCACAGUUAAAUGAGGCAGAAAUAUUGGUAUUAUUUGGUAAGAAGGCGGACGAAAUGAAUACGUUAAUGAGCUCACUGCUUGAAGUUGUUGAUAGAGCCACAACAACCAAUGAUGGAUUACCAUUAUCAUUAUUGACUAAAAUCGAAUUGGAUGCAAGGUUGAUUGAGAUAGAAUCACAAUAUUCUUAUUAUAAACCCAGAAUAGACGAUAAAUUUGAAGAUGUAAAAAGAAUAUCAGAACCUAUUAAAGAUGAUUGGAGAGUUUUGGAUAGAUUGGGUAUUUUAAAGGAACAAUGGGCAGAAUUGAUCGAUGUGACAAAUGCUAAAAUGGAUGAAUUGAGACGGUUAUUGUCUGGACAAAAGGCUAGACCUACAAGACAUGAAAGAUCGAGCUCUCAAAUAUUAUCAUCAGGCAGAAUAUCUUCACCAACUAGAAACAAUAGAUCAUCAUCUGCAUCACCUAGAAAACGUAGUGGAAUAGUCUCACCAUCAUUAACAGGACCAAAAUCUCGUCAACCAUCAUCUAGAAUUGGUAGUCCAUUAUUAACACCUAAUAGAUCAACACCAAGUCCAAAUCAAACACCAGGAUCACCAGGAUCACCAAGAAGACCACAAAUAAGAUUAGUACCACAUACGGUUAAUAAUUAUAUACCUGAUGUAAAAGACCCAUUGGAUGUUGAAGUAGCAAGAAUUGUUAAUUCAUGCCCAGUGAAAAUAAAAGUUUCCAUGGUGGAAGGUGAACAUGGCAAAUACACGUUUGGAGAGGUUGAUCCUAAACUUUGUUUUUGUCGUAUUUUAAGAAGUAGAAUGGUAAUGGUCAGAGUUGGUGGAGGAUGGGCUGAAUUGUCAAAGUAG